AUGUCAACAUCUACACAACCUAGUAAAUUACACAAUCCUACUGCAUACCAUUUGAUGGCUUCAUCCAAUAAUACAAGUAACCAAGAUUGGUCAUCAUCAUCCACACAGCCUGUCGAUUACAGUAGCAGUGGGGAUGACUUUGCAGCCACAGGGGGUUCCAUUCACGACUUUGAUGAUUUCGAAUACACGACUCACAGCCAUAAAAAACACGUCCAUCACAACAACAACAGCCUUCUUCAACACCAACAGCAGCAGCAACAGCAACACCAUCAUCACCCAUAUAGCCAAGCACGAUAUCUUAUGGAAGAUGAUUACUAUAAUCCCGCAGCAGCACAAGCACAAGCACAAGCAGCAUCGUCGUCGUCAUUUUAUGACUCGCCUCCACCGCGCAUGGUGGCACGACAUCCAUUCCCCAUGUCUGCACCGGCAGAUAUCGGGCUCAGUGAUUUGUACAACAUGAACCCUGCGGUGGCCUUACCACAACAGCAACAACAAUUUGACGCUUCUACUGGUGGUAGUUUACAGGAUGAUUAUGCAAUGCAGAUGAAUCUUCAGCUUAUGAUGGAAAAGAAACGACGACGACGAGAAUCUCACAAUGCAGUGGAAAGGAGGCGUCGGGAAAACAUCAAUGAUCGUAUCCAAGAAUUGGGAAGCUUGUUACCUGAGCCCAUGCUUGAGGAAUGUAACAGCAAUUGUGCAGGUGGUACAAGCAACAAACCCAACAAGGGGGCCAUUCUACGUAAAUCCGUGGAUCAUAUUCGUUUGCUACAACAAGACGUCAACACCUAUCGGCACCGCAUCCAAGAACUUGAAAGUGUUCUUAACAAGAUUCAACAGCAAAAGAGGAACAGUGUUUGA